CAGGAGUCGUGCCGGGCACCUGCCUGCCGCCCGGCUCCGCACAGCCGCCGCGCCCAGCGCCGGCCCCGGGGUCCGGGAGCCCCGGGACGCCUCCGGCUGCGCCCGCCAGCGCUGCCCCGCCGGCACGGACCCCGCGCCCGCCGAGGUUUUUUAGAGCACCUCAGAUGACAUCCUAAAUGGAUGAUUAACUUCACAAUGGCAGAACUCACACUUGAGAAUGGCAGCUGUAUGGACUGGCAAAAGCGAUGCCUUGCGUUGGAGUCCCAGCUCUUCAAAUUCCGCUUGCAGGCAAGCAAGAUCCGAGAGCUGUUAGCUGAGAAGAUGCAGGAAUUGGAGCAGAGAGUGAUAGAAGCAGAGCAAAGAGCUGAGGAUGCAGAGAAACAGGUCAGAGUUAUGGAAGAGAAGAUAAAACUAGCCAAUGUGAAUACUUGUGAAUCGGACAGCACCCUGCAGAGGAAAUACCAAGACCUGAUGGGCACAGUGCAAGGAAAAGAGGAUCUGAUCAGCAGAUUGGAGACACAGCUAGCAAAACAGAAACAGCUGAGGACUGAAGAAGCCAAAAUUGUUCAAGAGAAAGCUGCCAAAAUCAAAGAAUGGGUAACGUUUAAGCUCAGGGAGCUGGAGCUAGAGAAUUACCACCUAAAAAACUGUAAUCAGAGGCUGAUGGAGCAAAUUGAAGCCCUUCAGGAUACAUUGCAAGAUAUGACCAGCAUUCCUCCCUUUGAAUCUCUUUGGAACUGUAAUUCCCUGAAGCCCAGAGCAUCACAGGCCUCUUUUGCUGAGAAGAUAGACCAGAAAUCUGUGCUCCUUGCACCUGGUUUCAGAGAGUUGUGUCAGACAGGACCUACCAAGCAUGUCCUUUCUUCAGCAAAUACAGUCCCUGCCAAUGACAUGUUUACUGAGAAUGGAGAGGAUAAAUCUCUGCUUCCCCAGAGUAAGCUGAAGCUCAUGUCUGACCCAUCAAGCUGGAAUCUCUCCACAGAGGAAGAUGUAUUCCCUGAGCACAGUUUAGGGUGCUCUGAUCCUGUAUCAGUGGACUCUCCAGCUGAGACAACAAGAAUUCUUGAGGCUUUGACCUUUCAGUCAUCUUUGAAAGAAAACUGUAGUGCUGUGAGCACCUUGAAACAAGUGGGUUUCGAUGGCAUUCGCUUCUCUGAUGAUCUGAGUGCCAGAUUCCACUCCCGCCAGCUUGACUCCUCUUCCUCAGGAGAAAUAAUGAGCAUGCUUGAGGGCCAUCUCCAAACUGCUGAACCAUCCCUGGUUGUGUCAACAUCAGCUGUUACAGCCCAUUCCUCCUGUGCAGGGAGGGAAUGCAGCCUUGGGAGUAGUAUGACCUUUCCAAAAAUACGAACACCCAAUACACCAAGAGACAGUAUCCAACUGGCCAAGAGACAUCACAGCCAACCACAGCCAGGGGCCAAUUCUUUCCAUCGUGUAAUGCACUUAGAGACUAGCACUUUCCAGCCCAUAACAGACCCUCCAGUCUGCCAUGGGCUUGUGGAGGAGACAGAUAUUGAUGAUGAUGGAGUGUUGGAGAAGAUGGAUACAGAAUGUGGACUGCUGAGGGAAGAAGCUGGAGCAUGUGAGGAAAUAUACCACUUACCUGCAGGGCAGAAAGAAGCUGUGAGUUCUGAGGCUGGCAUACUCGACCCAGGUGGUAAACCUCCAACACCACCGCUGCACAGAUUCCCAUCAUGGGAGAGCCGAAUCUAUGCUGUGGCAAAGUCUGGCAUGAGGUUGUCUGAAGUGGCCAUGGUGAAUGAUACCUCCAGAUGCUUUUCCAAUUUCUCGUGUUCAACUUCUGGGCCAUUUACCUGUCUCAUCUACAGAAAUGUCACUGUGCCAGUCUACACUACGCUGAAGGGGAGAGCCACACAGAUCAGCAACGUGCCUUUUGUAGACGAAUCUUCAGGAUCUGAUGAUGACUGUGGCUCCCAUGCCAGCUUAAGGACUUCCACUGCUGGAUCUGAGAACAAGAAAGCUAGCAUGCCAGGCAGCCCUCGUGCAGUGAAAAGAGGUGUAUCUAUGUCCUCACUGAGCUCUGAGAGUGACUAUGCCAUCCCUCCUGAUGCCUAUUCCUUGGAUGAUGACUAUUCAGAGCCAGAACAUAAGCUACAGCGAACAUCUUCCUAUUCCACUGAUGGUGGAAUCUGCACUGAACCCAUGGAGAAAUCAGGUUACUUGCUCAAAAUGGGCAGCCAGGUAAAGAUGUGGAAGAGACGAUGGUUUGUUCUUCGAAACAGACAAAUCAUGUACUACAAGUCUCCGAGCGAUGUUAUCCGCAAACCACAAGGGCAAAUGGAGCUGAAUUCCUCAUGCCAAAUUGUCAGAGGUGAAGGGUCCCAAACAUUCCAGCUUGUGACAGAAAAGAGGACCUACUUCCUGACAGCAGACUCGCCCAACAUCCUGGAAGAAUGGAUUCAUGUCCUACAGAGUAUCCUGAGAGUACAAGUGACCAGUCCUGUUGGUGUUCCUCAUAGUGAUGAUAAACCUACUGUGAAAGGUUGGCUAACCAAGGUCAAGCAUGGUCACUCUAAGCUGGUCUGGUGUGCACUGAUUGGAAAAACUUUCUACUACUAUCGAAAUCAUGAAGAUAAGUGUCCCCUAGGGCAUCUGCCUAUGCGUGAGUCCAAAGUGGAAGAAGUAGACCGUUCCUGUGACUCUGAUGAGGAUUAUGAAGCCACUGGUGGAGGACUUCUCUCAUCCCACUGUACACUGGUGAUUCACCCACAGGACCAGAGUCCCACAUACUUACUCAUCCGCACCAAACAGGAGAAGAAUACCUGGCUGUACCACCUGACCGUUGCAGCUGGUAGCAGAAAUACCACAGUGGGCACAUCAUAUGAGCAACUCAUUGGAAAACUACUGGAUGCAGAGGGAGACCCUAGUUCUCCUCUGUGGAAACAUCCUAUGUUGUGCUACAGUAAAGAUGGGUUGCACACAUCCCUCACCACUCUGCCAUCAGAGGCUCUACAGACCGAAGCUCUGAAACUUUUUAAGUCCUGUCAGCUGUUCAUCAAUGUUCCGGUGGAGGCAUCCUCUAUUGAUUACCACGUGUCACUCGCCCAGACAGCACUGCAGGUCUGCUUGACACAUGCUGAGCUGCAGAAUGAAAUUUACUGUCAGCUUGUUAAACAGACCAGCUGCCGACAACCCCAGAACCACUCAGUCAUUCAGUGCUGGCAACUCCUCGCUUUAUGUGCUCCUCUAUUCCUGCCUCAACAUCACUUCCUCUGGUACAUCAAACAGCACUUGCAGCGACAUGCAGACCCCAGGAGUGAAAUAGGCAAGUACGCCAUCUACUGCCAGAGAUCAGUAGACCGCACGGUGCAGGCUGGAGAGCGGGAAGCCAAGCCCUCCCGGAUGGAGAUUGUGUCCAUCCUGCUAAGAAAUCCCUACCACCACUCACUCCCCUUCAGCAUCCCAGUGCACUUCAUGAACGGAACCUACCAGGUUAUAGGUUUUGAUGGUUCUUCAACAGUUGAUGAAUUCAUCCAGCGACUCAAUCAGGAGACAGGAAUGAGGAAGCCAUCCCACAUGGGAUUUUCUCUCUUCACAGACGAUCCUUCUGGCAGGAAUCUGGAACAUUGUUUGCAGGGCAACAUGAAGAUCUGUGAUGUCAUUUCUAAAUGGGAACAAGCCUUAAAAGAAUUGCAUCCUGGGAAAUAUGAAGGUGGCACAAGAAUUGUAAAGUUGACCUAUAAGAACAGACUAUAUUUUCGGAGCCAGGCCAAAGGUGAGACAGACCGUGAGCGGUUGCUACUGGCCUUCCAAGUCAGCAAUGAAAUAGCCAAUGGAAGGUUUCCUGUUAAUAAGGAAUUAGCUCUGGAAAUGGUGGCCCUGAUGGCUCAGGUGGAAUAUGGGGAUUUGGAUCGAUCAGGAUCUUCAAGUCCUGGGGGAACAUCACAAUUGAAAAUGCAGCAUCUUCUCCAUCAGGUCUUAGAUAAAUUCUACCCCAAACACUACAAGCAAAACAUUACUCCUGAACAGCUCAGGCAACUGAUAGACAGGCUGGCGAUGAAGUGGAUGGUGCUGCAGGGAUGCUCUCCACCAGAAUGCAUUCGAAUUUAUUUGACGGUGGCCCGGAAAUGGCCUCUCUUUGGAAGCAAAAUAUUUGCUGCAAAGCCUAUUUUGCCUUCCUCAUUGGAAGACUGUCCAGUCUGGAUAGCUGUGAAUGAAGAUGGUAUCAGCAUACUGGAUUAUAACACAAUGCAUUUGAAGGUUUCUUAUUCAUACUCCUCUGUGCUGACCUUUGGAGGCUGUCGAGAUGACUUCAUGAUUGUAGUCAGUCAAAUGAAAGAAAAAAGUUCUGGAAAAAACAGCACUGAAAAACUCCUCUUCACAAUGGCAGUUCCUAAGAUUGUUGAAGCAACACUUCUUAUUGCCAGCUACAUUAACUACCGCUCAUCACCUUCACUCCUGUCUUCGACACAGCCCUCCCAAAGCGAAACACCUGCUAAGAAGCUCUGGGAGACUGAAAAUCGGUGCUUUUCUCCUUCUGUGCCCCGAAGCACUAAGGGUCCCACCCUGCUCUGAGGGCUCAUUCCAAAUGAGCUAUGUUUCUUCUGGUUACACACCACUACUUUAAUGUGGACUUUGAUUCCUUUUCCAUAAUAAUAGACAAAGUUCCUUAGAGGUAGAGGCAGUGGCCUUUCUCUUGGGGGAAAAAAAAAGUUGUUUUGGGGGACUGUGCAGGAGUUUCCUUUCCAUGACACACUCCAUCCAAAAUACCAUGCCUCAGGUCAUUUACCUGCACAGUGCUCCAGUCACAUUACAUCUGCUCUCUUUCCUUAUACUGAUUAUUCCAUCUCGUACCUGCUUUGCUUUAGAAACACAUACAUUUUCGUAGAUCCCUCACAUUUUCAGCUUGCAGAAGAGAGAAACUUUCCAAGUCCUUGCUCCAGACAUGAAAAAAGACAUUAUUGAGAAUGAAGAGGAACUAAACUGACAAGAAUAAUUCCGAUGCAAGUCAAGGGUGAUUUUAGACCUGAAAUAGGGAGUAUAGGAUUAGAGUUCAGUGGUACUUAAGAAUGUUUUCAACUUUAAACAAAGGUGAAAACCUAGUGUCUUUACAUGUUGAGGACUCAGAACAACUGAGACUAGAACAGUGUCAGAGGAUGUCAGCUCCUACAGGACUGAUGCAUUUCAGAAGUUGAACCUGUUCUACGCAAUAGAUGAACACUAAAAUGAUGCUGCAGGGCUGAAUGUGUCAUAUGCUCCACUGUCAGACAAGCACUUUCUGCUAAUCACUGUUGUAGAUGCGGUUGAAACUGCACAUUUUCUCAGACAAGGGAAGACAAGACAAGCAAAUUUUGUACUUUUUCUGUCUUUCAGCAACUAGAACAGAUCUUGUUCCCAAACAAGCUCUGCAAUUCUGACUUGACAGAAGCUGCUCCUUUCAAACUCUUGCUUCCUUCAUGCUACCAUAAGCAAGGAGGAGGUAGUCAGCAAAUGUGUACUCAAGUACUGUUCUUCUGACUUUCCUAAAGAAUUGUGGUAGGUUUAAUUUUUUUAUCUGUUUCAAAGGGAUUUUGCUAUGAGAAGGUUAUCGAACUUUAAACAAGUAAAAGAAAAAUAGUAAUUCUUCGUGAAAAAUCUAAAUUUACAUAGCUUGAGUUCAGCUCUUUUGAUAAGCCUUAUAAAAAAAGCUAAGGAAGAAUAACUGCACUUUCAAAAGUACCAUGUGCAACUUCAUAAUAAUUAUGCAUUCCUGGGCAACUUUCCCAAAUUAAAACAGUGUGAACCCAACCACUAGAAUGAAUUCAGUAAUAGCAAAACGAAAGCUAUGAACAAAGCAAAUGAACAAACCACCCAUACCAGUGUUUUUAGUACCUGCCACCAACAUCCAACUAAUGCACACAAGGGAGCUGAUACAGCAAGAAGUUUUUGUUUCAUGCUUAGGUGGUAGCAAAGGCACGAGUUAGGAUUAUGGGACAGACAAAAAUUGGGUUUUUGUAAUAUGAAAAAAAAAUAUAUAAAAAUCCCCAAACAAACAAAAUCCCAACCCCAAAUCACCCUAUGGUGGGUUACGGAAACACUACGGCAGACAUAAGACAGGAAAAGAUUGUAUGAAGAGUGACCUGAUUUGCACAUACUGUAAUGUAACCACUUGUUAUGAAUUUAAAGACCAUCCCUUGAAGGUACAGAAAAGGGUAGAAGCUUUCUGAGCCAAAAAUAAUUUUAAGAAGGUACUUAGUCUUUUUUGUUUUCCCUUACUUAAGUGACUAUAUCUCCUGAUAGUAGUUUGUGUUUCCUCUCUCUCUCACACACACAGUGAUCUCAGUAUAGCUCUGUCAGUUUGAAUACAUGAAGUGUUACACCUCCUCACUCAAUCACCUGUGCCUAACAAGUUCUCCUGUACCUGAAGGUCUGUUUGGCAGUCUGCUUCUGCGAUCCCCCCAGUGACAAAGCUGCUUUAGAACAGGCUGAAGGUGUGUGGUGUCCUAGCUGUCAUCAGUGCCAGAGAUGUUCAAGGCAUAGAAGUCUCCAGUUCACAGUUCAGAGGCUGUACUUCCUUAUAGUGUUAACACUCAUGUCCUCAGAGAUUUGUACCAGGGCAAACAGGAAGCAGAGAUGUUAAAUAAACAGGAGCUGUCCUGAAGCUCAUUAUUUUCUACCAUAACUGCACUUUAAACUGAGAAGCAUGACAUAUAGAACUUCUUUUCCUUCCUUAUUUCUUAAAAAUAUUCACGAAUACUUGAGUAUUUCAGGGACCACCCCACUCUGAUGGAUGCACAUACCCCUCCUAUUUAUAGCUUACCUGUCCUCAAACAAACAACCCACCCUGUGGAGAUAUCUAUUUUGUAUGAUUCUUUGGUAGAGAAAACAGUUUUUUAUUUUAAUCAAUGCUUUUGAUGCAGCAUAGAAUGAGAUGACAAAAGCCUUUCUUUUCCUAACUGCUGUGAGUAUAUAAAAGGCUGCCUGGAAUAUACUGUGAGAUUUCUGUUUGUUCUUAAUAAAAUGCAGCUAUCAUGAAUUAAA